AUUGUUAUUUUCAGUAGAGCUGCAGCUUAGAGGUGGAUAAAGUUCGUCUCCACGUUGGAAGUGAUAGAAAGUAUUAUCCCUUUUCAGGCACUGUUUCUUCUUUUUGGGAAGGAGGAUCAAUCAAAGAGGAUACUUGAGGUGUGAAACACGGAGGCUCGGCCGCCGGGGAACGACGGUUUUUGUUGAUCAUCGCGCGGUUCACAAGAGAAAAGUUUUCUCAGGACACGAAGUUGUCAAGUGAGUUGAACUUCAACAAUAGGCGGACUCUAUCACAAAACAGUCGAGAGAUAGGGAGUCACGGGACACAUGUAAACAGUCGUUCUUUGACUUUUUUAAGAAGGAGAAUAGACCUCCCUAAAGGUGAUUAAAAAAAAAAAAACUUUAUGUCCAGAAAAAUGGAAGCGACGUUCUACGACGAAGCCGUGAAUGCCUCCAGCUCUCAGCAUGACGGGCCGACGGUGUAUGGGUUCAACCCGAAAACCCUCAAACAGACCAUGACUCUAAACCUGAACGACCCGAAAAACUUCAAGCCCCAGCUGAGCGCCAAGGCCCUGGACAUCCUGACGUCCCCUGAUGUCGGCUUGCUGAAGCUGGCCUCGCCUGAACUGGAAAGACUAAUCAUCCAGUCCUGCACCGGGCUAACGACUCCCACCCCGACCCAGUUUGUCUGUUCCAAGAACAUCACUGACGAGCAGGAGGGGUUUGCGGAAGGGUUUGUGAGGGCACUGGCUGAACUCCACUACCACCAGCAGACACCCGCCGUCCACGCUGACGCACAGACCGGCGCGACCAACAGCAUGGCAUCCGGCUCUGCUGCGUCCGAGAGCGGCGGGAUUCCCUACAGCUGCACGGUGCGCACCGACCCGCCGGAGUACACAAACUUGGGGGCUUUCGGCCGGGCUGUGGGCUCUGCGUCUGCACCUGCCAACGAGAGGCACCAACCUUACCCAGCCGCCCCACAGCCGACCCACGACCACAUGGACCACCACCUGGCGGCAGCGCAGCAAUCGCGGCGACACGCGCUUAAAGAGGAGCCGCAGACGGUGCCCGAGAUGUCCGGAGACACCCCGCCGCUCUCCCCUAUCAACAUGGAGAACCAGGAGCGCAUCAAAGCGGAGAGGAAGCGCAUGCGGAACAGGGUGGCCGCGUCCAAAUGCCGGAAAAGGAAGCUGGAGAGGAUCUCCAGGCUGGAGGACAGGGUCAAAAACCUGAAGAACCAAAACACGGAGUUGGUUUCCUCUGCCAACGUCCUCCGGGACGAGCUGGCUCUGCUCAAACAAAAGGUCAUGGACCACGUUAACAGUGGCUGCCAGCUCAUUUUGACGCAGCAGCUCCAAGCUUACUAGACUGCCAAGGGAAAAGAACCAAGGGACAUUUCUUGGGGACCAAAUGCAGCUUAAAGUGGCCCGUUCAGCUUUGCGGGGCAGUGACUUUUUUCCACUAUAAGUUUAUGCAGACAAAAAGCAAGAAUGGAGACUGGCCAGAUACGUGUAAUUGAUCAGUGCGAUGCAUUAUUACAGAGCAGAGGCCACCAAACCUAUUGCACAGACGGACAAAGCUCAGAGGAAGCAUUUGCUCCAAAUACCCCUCUGAUGUGACUUGUUAGAUGUUUCUGGCAAUUUUGCCUUUGUUUUAUUAUUUUGUUUUCACUACAAAAGUACAAAAUGAAAUUUGUAUUCAGUCAAGCCAAGGGUAAUAUGGCAAGGGUCAUACUUUAAGCUAAUUUUAAAUUGAUUAAGUUCAGCCUUGCGUCCUGACAGACCCCCAGAGCCGGUGUGGGAUCGAAUUGCAAAUAGACAGAAUGCGUUGUCCUGUAAAUCUCCCACUAUGUCAAGUAGCAAUUUAUGCAUAUAGACUUAAGUCAAGCACUGAGUAUCCCACCAGCGACUAUUCAGUAUGUACAGAGUAACACUUAACAAAAAAAAAUAUCUCGCACCUUUACGCAAGGUGUGUGUGUAGCGUUUACUGACAAAACAGCCUUACUUUCUUAACCCUUAUGUUCAUACAACUUUGUGAUAAAGGUGUUAUUGUUAGACCUGAAAUAACACUUUGUAAUAUUUGUACGCUGUCUUUAGAGCACUUCAGAACUGUAAAUAUGACUAAAUAAAAUGUUGGAACACGU